GCCAAAAAUAUAAUGUUGAAAAUAUCUGGCUAUUUUUGGAAUAUAUAUUUGUUUCUUCCACACGCUGCAUUGAAAAAUGUUGUACCUCAAGUGAAGCAAUACACAAAAAACCUCGAGAAAUGAUAAUGCUUAAAAAAUACGAGAUAUACGCUUUUACUUGACUUGCAUUUCGUUUUCGAAAAGCUUUCGAAAGCAAAACAAAGCCAUCAGAAAAAUAAGAGUACGAAAAAAAAGGAAGAACGAAAUGAAUCCAAGGCAAAAGAACAGCCAGAGUGAAAUGUUUUUAAUGGGCAAUCAAAAAUAAUGAGAUCGGGUAGAUAUAUCUGGCAGAACGAGGCACGAACGCAUUUAAGAUGAACAAUGGAGAUACAUUUAAUGAUCUAUAAGGGACUCGAUGAAGGAUUGAAUUCAGAUCUAUAGCUAAAGCGAGAAUGUUUAGAACAUUUCCGGAAAUACCCAUUGCUCAACUUUAGAUACACAAAAUAUUCCCUUCGGAUUCGGAAUAGUUUCCUUCUAUUUUCACCCGAAAGUUAUAUACCGCAUCCAGUUGAAAUGUCCGCCAAGACGUCGCCAUCGUCCACUUCUCGGGAUGCCAACGUGGGAUCCUCGAGUGCCAUUCCCGUUCAGAUCAAAAAAGAACUGCCCAGCGAUGAGAUAAAGGAAUUCGCGCACAACACCAUGAACGAGCUGCUCGGCUGGUAUGGAUUCGAGGGUGUGGACGUGGAUCGUCUCGACCUGAGCGCCAAAACGUCGCGCCUGCUGCAAAGUGCCGCCGCGGCAGCGGUGGCCAAUCAGCAGAGCCACCAGCUUCACCAGUUGGAGCCGCAUCCGAAUCUGGAGCGGAAGCGGGCCAGUCUGCUGCGCAGCAGCAGUCGCAGUUCCUUGGCAGCGGCCUACCACAACAACAACAACAACAACGGCAGCAGCAACAAGAACAACGGAGGAGUCGGCAGCGUAGGCGGUGGGAGUGGCCGGAAGAGCGGGUUGAUGAACUGCAGCAGCACCACCACCACGCCAUCGGACCACGACACGCGAAGCUCACGGGAGGAGGACUCCAAGAGUCCGCACUCCAUCGGCAAGCCAGCGGGAGCGGCGCACACGGAUGAGAAAAUAGACUUCAGCAAUUGCUGCUGGUGCCAUCGACCGAUUGCGGAGAAUGCGCCGGACUACCUGACCAGCUGCGACGGACCGCGCUACUGCUCCGAAUCCUGCUUCGCCCAGAGCCGGAGGGCAUCCUUCAAGAAGGCCAAGACCUGCGACUGGUGCAAGCAUGUGCGCCACGCGGUUAGCUACGUGGACUUUCAGGACGGCGCCUCCCAGCUACAGUUCUGCUCGGAGAAGUGCCUCAACCAGUACAAGAUGCAGAUCUUCUGCCACGAAACCCAGGCGCACCUGGACAUGCAUCCGCACCUGCGGGAUCAGGCCAUGGAUGCGGGCAGCGAGGCUGGGCUGAUAACGCCGGAUCUGUGGCUUCGCAACUGCAGGAGUCGCUCGGCCUCGCCCGCCUCCACGCUCUCGGUGUCUCCGGGUCCGCCGCCUGCUCCGGCUGUCAGUCGCUGUCCGGACUCGCCGCCUAGUCAUCAUCCCAGCAAACCUUUGAUCUCAGUGGCACCCGUCUCGAAGUUGCUGGCCCAGAAGUGUCCGGGUCCCGGACCCGGAGUUCCUCCUCCUCCGCCACCGCCUGUCCAGCGCCAUUUGGCUGGAAAGUUGGGUCGCCGCAAGCGCCGAGGUAUCUCCUCUUCCUCGGGCUCGGAAACUGUGGCCAGUUUGCUGCAGAAACAGCAGCAGCACCACCAGCAGCAACAGGCACCGCAGCAACAUCAGGCACCUCCCACGUUAACUGCUGACUUUGGUGGAUCCAGCGUACCACUGCCUCCGCUCUCGCCCAUGCCCAGCAUGCAGGAGGCGCCACAACAGCAGCAGGCUCCUCAGGUGCCACCAACACAAGUCCCGCCGAGGGGACCGACAGCCAUCCCGGCCAGCUACUUCGCCACGCCCUCGAAUGGUGUGCCCAUGGGACACCCGUUUGCGGGGCGCCCACCGCCGCCUCCGCAUCACUUUAUGCAUCCACCUCCGCAUGGCAUGAUGCCCCGUGGAUUUGGUCCGCACUUCGGGCCACCGCUUCCGCCUCAAAUGCCUGAGCUAGGGUCCCUGUUGGGGGCCGUGCCGCCGGUGACCGUGAUGGUGCCCUAUCCCAUCAUCAUUCCCCUGCCCAUACCCAUACCCGUUCCUCUGCCAGUGAUAGAUUUCUACAAGGCACACUUAUCUCCCGAGGAGAGGAAGUGUUUCGAUGAGCAGCGGGCUGCUCCAAGCAGGGCGGAAAACGCAGAAGAACAGGAUCAACCGCAGCCGCUGGACUGCAGCAAAAGCAGAAGUGAGCUGGAGGAGGAGAAACCAGAUGUGGAGCAACAAAGUGAGUCUCACCAGGAGCUGGACAACGAUCAGGAAGAGGAUGAAAAGGAAUCCAUACCAAAGACAAAUCCAGAUGGGGACACCAACGCGGCUUCGCCAUCAAUUUCACAGGAAUCAUCGCCUUCGCCGCAACAGACGCACUGCAUCGUCAGGGAUUCUACGCAAUCCGAGCCCGAGGCGGACAACCAGAAGCUGCCCAAGCUGAAGAUCACACGGCUGCAGACCAAACGGACACUCAUUCAAACCAAAGAGGCGGCGGCUGAGUGUAGUCGACCGCUGCGCAAGCGCAAGAGGAUCAUCGACUGCGAUUUCCAGAAAAUGGGUCUUAAGGAACCGGAAGUGGCCAACGAUGGCGAACAGAGCAACGGCAGCAGCAACAAGGAGGCGGAUGCGGAUCCGGAAGCAGAGUGCAAUAUGAGCGGCAGCCACAGCAACAGUGGCAGUGCUAAAGCUAAAAAGUAGACAUAGACCUUAGGAUUUACCCCUUAAAAGUAGUAGAAUGUAUUUAUCUAUGUAUGUGUGAGUGUGUCAGUGUGUUUGUGUAAGCGGAAACGGAAAUGGAGUCCAGAGGAGACGAGAAAUGCAGCGAAAGGCACAAAGUGCAUGCGGUACUCAGAUUUGAUUCUUAAUAAACUAAAAUAUAACUUA